ACUUCUCCUUCUCUAUCCCGGUUUCAUUGACACCCUUUUGGAGAAUUCGUGAAACAGUAGGCGGAAUCGCAAUCCAAAACACUCUCAGGAACUCUUUCUUAUAAUUCUCUGCAACAAUGGCGACUGUUAUGCAGAAAAUCAAAGACAUUGAAGAUGAGAUGGCAAAGACCCAAAAGAACAAGGCCACUGCUCAUCACUUGGGUUUGCUCAAGGCUAAGCUUGCUAAAUUACGGAGAGAACUCCUUGAACCUUCAACAAAAGGUGGUGGUGGUGCUGGAGAAGGUUUUGAUGUUACGAAAAGUGGAGAUGCAAGGGUUGGCUUAGUUGGCUUUCCUUCUGUUGGGAAAUCAACCCUUCUGAAUAAGUUAACCGGGACUUUCUCAGAGGUUGCUUCAUACGAGUUCACCACCUUGACUUGCAUCCCUGGGGUCAUCAUCUACCGAGGAGCCAAAAUUCAGUUGUUGGAUCUUCCAGGUAUUAUUGAGGGUGCAAAAGAUGGGAAGGGUCGUGGGAGGCAGGUUAUCAGUACUGCUCGAACUUGCAAUUGCAUCCUUAUUGUCCUUGAUGCAAUCAAGCCUAUAUCUCACAAGCGUUUGAUAGAAAAAGAGCUGGAGGGAUUUGGAAUAAGGUUAAACAAGGAGCCACCUAACCUUUCAUUCAGAAGGAAAGACAAGGGUGGACUUAACCUCACAUCAACGGUUACUAACACCCAUCUGGAUCUGGAUACUGUGAAGGCCAUAUGUAGCGAGUACAGAAUACAUAAUGCUGAUAUUAAUCUUAGGUAUGAUGCAACAGCUGAUGACCUCAUAGAUGUCAUUGAGGGAAGUAGGGUGUACAUACCUUGUAUCUAUGUUGUAAACAAGAUUGAUCAGAUAACACUAGAAGAGCUGGAGAUAUUGGACAAGCUUCCGCAUUAUUGUCCUAUCAGUGCUCACCUGGAAUGGAACAUGGAUGGCCUUCUGGAUAAGAUAUGGGAAUACUUAAGUCUUACUCGUGUUUACACGAAGCCCAAGGGGAUGAAUCCAGACUAUGAUGAUCCUGUAAUCCUUUCAUCAAAGAGGAGGUUGAUAGAGGAUUUUUGCAAUCGUAUUCACAAGGAUAUGCUUAAGCAGUAUAAAUAUGCACUAGUUUGGGGAUCAAGUGCCAAACACAAGCCACAAAGAGUAGGCAAGGAACAUGAACUUGAAGAUGAAGAUGUAGUGCAGAUCAUCAAAAAGGUCUAAUUUCAGGCAUCACUACAUUAUUUUCAGCAAUUAUUACCUUCCUAUUAGUGGUGAAAGAAAAUGAAGUGAGUUGUUGCUUAUGUGUGUGUUCAUUAUUUAUGGAAAUGAAGUGUGAUCCUACCUCCCUUUAUAAUAGUACCUGUGUAGAAGGUUUUUGAACUAAGGUUGGUUUUAUUUAGUAAGAUAACUUAUUUCUUUGUUACAACUUGUGAAAAUUUUGAUUACACAGUAUGGAUAAUUAUUGAAUAUCUUGACUUUAUGCAUAGAAUCUUAAUUAUUUUAUCUUUGAA